AUGGUCGACCCCUCGGAGGCUGAGGAGCAGAACAAGUGCAAAGGCCCGCACCUGGACCCGCCAGCUGUGGCCGCCGAAGACCCCAGACUGCCGGAACAAGCCGACGGCACCACGACGGAGGAAGAUGGGGAUGCCGGUUUUGAGACGCCGCCCACCGGCAGCUCCGAGCCGAGUCCGUGCCACGUUGCAUCUCCGCCUGAGGCCUCCUCUCAGGCACCUCAGCAACCACAGACUGACAGAGAUCCGUCUCCCAAGUUGCACCUGGACCUGUACAACUUCGACUCGCCGGCUGCAGAGGGAAGCCGCUAUGUGCUAACAAGCCCCCGCUCUCUGGAGGCUUGUGCCCGAUGUGGGGUCAAACCUGUGGAGCUGCUGCCCCGCCCGCUCGCCGAUUUCGCCCGUGAGGCUCCGGGCCGAUCCAUGCGAGUCGCCACCGGAUUGUUUGAAGUCUACGAGCGGGACAGACAUGCUAAACUGAGGCAGUGCCGGGAGGAGAGGGAGAGGAUUGUAAGGGAGGAGAAACGGAGGAUUCUGCAGGCGGCGGUGAACAGCAGCAGCAGCGGCGCAUCAUCGACCUCCGUGGACAAAACUCCUUCGGGCUCCAGUCCUAAAUCUCAAAGCUCAGGCCCUGAUGCAUCCUCCAGAGCCACCGCAGCUUCUAAAACUAUUUUAUCUAAGACUCCCGCCUCCACUCUUAGUACCUCACCUAAAUCUGCCCAUCCAGGAUCUACGCCACCUUCAAAAACCAGUUCCACAACCUCCACACCUUCCUCCAGGGGUGGACUUCAAGGCUCAGCCAAACAUCCUUUCUCCUCAUCGUCCGAACAAAUAAAAACCACCCGGCCGCUCUCGUCUGGUCCUCCGCCGGUGGUCCGCAAGUCUUCAGGCGGUAAACCCUCAAACACUUUCCCCAGAUCAACACCCAAACCUCCCUCCUUCCCCAGAGCCAACACCACGUUGACAUCCUCAGUGUCGAAGCCUGCAGUCCAGAGCACCGGGACGCCUCUGAACGGUGUAACUAAAGGGCCGUUUUCUCAGCACAAUGGGCACCUUGGAUUUCACUCCAAGGUGCGAGGAAAAAGCCAUUCACUGGAGUCACUACAGCGAAGGGUAGAUCCCAUCUGUUCCUCAACCUCCACCACCACAACUACAACAACGUGCACCUCGUCUGAGUCAGGUGCUUCCUCCUCUUACAGUUGGGAUGGUGUAAGAGAUCACUGGGCUAAAGUCUCCAGUCCCCGAGCUCGAACGCUGGCCACCUUCAACUCUCUUAUGGGUCGCAGCCUGAGCCUCGGCGACCUGAGCCACUCUCCUCAGACCACGCAGAAGGUGGAGCGCAUCGUGAAGGAGGUGAAGCGCCGAGGCCUGAAGGCCGUGUCCGAGCGCGACCGCAAGAUUGCAGCGUUGAUGCUCGCCAGAUAUCAAGAGGAGGACAUCAUGAGUCAGACUCGGUACGUCGCUCACCUUCAGUGGGACAGCGAGCGCCGGAUGGAGGAGCUGCGACGGGAGCAGGAGGACCGGGAGAAGCAGCGAGCGGUGCUUCAGUGUCAGCGAGUUUGGCAGACGCAAGUGUCGAUACGUCAGCGACGGCUGAGCCAGCAGGAGCGAGAAUCAGCAGCUGCCAAACUGCGACAGGCUGAGGAGAACGAAGAGCGAUGGAGGGAGCUGGCAGAGCAGCAGGAGCGAAGCCGACUACUGAGGCUGCAGCAGGCGGCCAGAGAGGAGAAGCACAAGAAAGCUCUUCAGGAGCAGAACCUGAAGGCCCUGGAGGAGGAGAGGGCCGCCAUGCUGGAGCAGGAGAGGCUGCUGCUGAAGGAGAAGCUCACCAUGGCCGAGCUGAAGAGGCAGGAGAAGGAGCACCAGUCCCAGGAGGAGCGACGAGGCCUGAACAAAGCCGAGAAGAGACGCCACGCCGCCCUGAUACAGGAAAUCGCCCGCAGAGAGCAGGAGGAGCGUGACGAGGCCAGGAGGGCAGCGGAGGAGAAGCUGAGCCGCUCGCUGGAGAACUACGAACAGAUUGUUGAGCGUCGAGGACUGGAGCUGAAAGAAAAGGCAAAGCGUGAGGAGAAGCAGAUCCAGAAAGCUAGAAAGGCUGCGGAGAAGCGCGAGAAGCAACAGCAGCUGCUUCUAGAAGCUCGGGUGAAGGAGGCGGAGAAACGAGCCCAACAGGCGGCUCUGGUGGCCGAAGAGAGGGCCAAGGAGAAAGCCCAGCGAGCCAUCCAGAGCCGGCAGGAGAAGGAGCGACUGCAGAAGCUCAACAGGCAGCGAGUGGAGGACGAGGAGAAGCAGAGGAGGCUGGAGCUGCUGCAGUCCAUCGAGAGGAAGCUGGAGAAGAGCGAGCAGAUCUUCAAGGAAAAGAGGGCGGUGCUUGAGAGCGCCCGGUCCGUCGCUCGGGCCUCCUUCCAUGUUCGAGACAAAGUGCGGGAGGAGACCAACAUGCGUACCUUUGAUAAAAUGGCCCUGGAAGCUCAGCUCAAAGCCAGCCUCGAUGAUAAAUAA